GAGAGGAACACCACGUGUUACAGGUUUAAGUUACCACAAAGAGAUGGACUGGUACCAUUGUUGGACUGUGAAGAUGGCUGCCAGAAGAGAGCCCAUAGUUCUUGGCAAGCCAAACAAACACAUGUUCAAGAUACUGGAGGAGACAUUUAAACUUGAUCCUGAGCGUACAGUGAUGGUUGGAGACAGGAUAGACACAGACAUCCAGAUGGCUCAUAACUGUGGGUUGAAGUCUCUGCUAGUCCUGACAGGAGUAUCAGAUCUAGAGGAUGUUAAGGCAGCAGCCCAGAGUCCUGACCCGAGCAGGAAGGCGUGUGUACCGACUUCUACCUCCAGAAACUCUCUGAUCUGCUCACACUGCUAGACAAUUAACCCUCAACCACUGCACAGUUUGGUUGUACAAACUGUAAUAUGCCAGGCGUGAGAAGCUUAAUCAUGUUAUUGGUGAUUCAUAUAAUAAUAUAAUUUAAACUUACCUGUGCUGUAAUUUUAUAGUGGGUUCAUAGGGAUUGAUGACCAUAAUUAACACUUCUGUACUGACUUUUUGUAGAUGAAGUCACAGGUGCAUGUGAAAAAUUUGUGUAAUACGAGUAGUUUCGGUCUAUUUUAGACUUGGAUCAUACACCAGCUUCCUUCAACCCCCCACUUAGACAAGCAUGCCAAACG